GCAACCAAUCAAACGCCGCGGAGAUUUAUCGCUGCCUUUGACCGUCCUGCGUGCCCUACCUGUCAACACAAUGCACUUCUUCUAUAAAGCAGCGGGACUCUGGGGAUGACAUUUGUUGCCCCAAACAGGAUGGAGUGGCUGUUCCAGCGAUGCCAUAAAGAGGCUGUCCUCUACUCUGUCUUUCGGUCGGUGCUGCUCAUGUUAUGUUCGCUCUUGGUCCUGUCCGUGUCCAUGUAUCCUGGGUUGUGGUCCAUCGGGGUCCAUCUUCAUUCAGCCUUCACAGGGAGCUACAUACCAGGCCACCACUCGGUCCUUCUUAUCAACAGUCCCAAUGAGCAGGCAGCCAAGGACAUUGGCAGGGCAAUCAUGGAGAGGCGGCUGGCAGCCAGUAUUAACAUUCUCUCCAGGACGUCCACAAUGUACUAUUGGAAAGGUGAAAUCCAGGAUGCAAGUGAAAUUCUGAUGCUGGUGAAGACAAAGACCUCCAGGAUCCAGCAAGUCAUAGAUUAUGUGAGGUCUUUCCAUCCUUAUGCAAACCCAGAAGUGCUCAGCUUUCCAGUGCAGGACGGCAGUCUGGCUUACAUGAGGUGGAUGGAUGAAGCCAUUCCAGACGCCUGAUGCAUCAUUAAAUUGAAGGCCAGUCUCUGCACGGACUGCAGCUGAACAAGGACGCUGAGCCACACGCACAGGCUGCUGUUUGAAGGCUUUGGAUCCAAGGGUUCAGGAUAAAAAGUUCAAUACAUUGACACUGUUUUGUUGCUCUGACCUUUUCACUGUAAAUUCCACUUUGUGGUGUGGAGAUUUGAUUUCAGUCCUUGAAAGAGUUUUGUUCCUCAGCCGUAGAAAAUACCUGCUUGUAUUAGACUGGGAUGUGUCAGUUUAACAUCGCAUAACAGAACACCUCAUCCUAACACAAUUUCAGUCAGUUUUUAGUAAAAGCAUGUAAUAAUAGCACCUUAACUCUCAGAGGUAAAACUGGCUUAAACUGACCACAAACAAAGUUUUAGAAAUCAGUGACAAUUUGAACAUCCUGUUACAAGUUCAUGUAGAGGAACCACCUCUCUGUAUCAUGCAUUCUUUGCCUUCUCCUCAUUUUACAUGAUUUCUCAUCCACUGUGGCGCCUCACUACAAGCAUAACUGUCCUUUAAUCUUUGAGUAUUUGAUAAAACCUGCCCUCCACUUUAGCUUUUUAUGUAUGUAUUCGUGUAAGACGAUAUCACUCCUGCAGGUGAUCAUUAAGGUUUGCCUUCAGGGCAGGUUUAACACAGUAGCAGUUUGUGCUUAAACAUAUCGAUGACUGAUAACUGCAGUAAUUCAUUUGUAUAUCACAGCCAUGUAGCGAACAUGACAUUACCUCUACUGUAACAUUAUAUUUAUUGUUAUGUUUCAAGUUCAAUACAUUUUUUAAAGCACCAACAAGAAAGGUGAAAUCCGAUCGGACGUUGAGCAAUCUGCAUAUACCUACAGAUCAAUACAUUAUUGAUCUGUCAGGCUGUGGAAGAUUUCCCUCAUCGAUGCAGAUGCUGUAAGUGGCACACAACAGUCUGCGUGGUGUACUGAAUGAACUGAACACUGCUGAAUCUCAGUACUGCUUUGCUCCACGUUAGCAGAUUUUACCCUCAGACAGAAUGACUGCAGAUGAAUUAGCGCUCAGAUAUGAAUAAGAGUACUUGGCAGCAUUGUUCAUCUUGACCCUGUCUCUCACUUGUAUUCCUAAUGGCUAAUUAUAAAAUGUUAUCAAUGUUUUGUUUGUAUUUUGAACAACUGAUUGUUAUCUGAGAUGGUCUCCCUUGAAUAAGACAUCCUUGAUCUCCAAAGGAGUAGUCUUGUAAAUAAAUAAAAUUUCAGCUGAAUAACAAAAA